GUUCGAGGCGAUUCCAAUUAAACAUCAUGGCGGACGAGGAAAUGAAAACAACGGAUGAAAAUCCAAACCCUGAGGAAAAGCAAAAUAGUGAUGUUUUUGUCAACGGAAAUAAUGAAAAUGAAACAAAGCCUGAGUGUUCAAAUGAAUCUGGAAAUAGUGAUUCACUGCAAACGGAUAAAUCUUUACCACGAAAGAGCAGUUUUAUGAGUAGAGAUGGCUCUCGACGAAAUCACAACAGGAAAAAGACAGUGUCAUUUAGCAGCAUGCCUACAGAAAGAAAGAUUGCGACUGCCCAGGACUGCCUGUCGUACAUGCAGGCAGGGAGCGAGCUUAUUAAGGUGCGUUCCAACAGUCGACAGUACCACCGCAUCUUCUCCCUCAAUUCAGACAUGACCGAGGUCAGAUGGCAGCCAACGUCAAAGAAACCACACAAGGCUAGAAUCCCGCUGUUCUCCAUUAAGGAGGUGCGGAGUGGUAAGACCACAGAUGCCUUGAAGAACAAGGAGAUCGCAGGGAUCUACCCGGAUGAGUGCGCUUUCUCUAUUGUGUUUGGAGACAACUUUGACUCGAUGGACCUGAUUGCCAACACCCCGGACGAGGCGAAUAUCUGGGUAACGGGCCUCACCUGUCUCAUCAACACCGGCACUCGCUCCAGCAACUGCAACACCAGCACCCCAGAGGCCAUUGAAGAGAUGCAGCAAAUGAGAGAUGACUGGUUGAAUGAGGUUUUCACGUCUGCAGCUAACGACGACAAAGACACGCUGUCGGAGCAUGAGGUGAUUCGACUCAUGCAGAAACUCAAUAACAACGUAACGACUGCCAGAAUUACCACGAAAUUGAAGGAGAUGGAGCUGGCUCGAGAUGAAGGGAACAAAAGGGGCCGCCUCAGCAGUAGCGAGUUCAUCUCACUUUUCAAGGAAAUCUGCACACGGCCAGAAAUAUACUUCCUUCUAGUCAGAUAUGCAAGUAAUGCAGAUUAUCUUUCAACAGAUGAUUUACUGCUAUUUUUAGAAGCAGAACAAGGGAUGCAAAGAGUUACAAAAGAGAAGUGUUUAGAAGUUAUCAAUAAAUUUGAGCCAUCGAAAGAAGGGAAGCGGAAAGGCCGACUUGGCAUUGAUGGUUUCACGUAUUACCUGUUAUCUGAUGAAUGUGAUAUAUUUGAUCCGGACCACCACAUUGUUUGCCAAGACAUGACGCAUCCUCUUUGCCACUACUUCAUCGCGAGUUCUCACAACACAUACUUAUUGGAGGACCAGCUGAAGGGACCGUCCAGUGUAGAGGCGUACAUUCGAGUCCUUGACAAGGGCUGCAGGUGCAUCGAAUUGGACUGUUGGGAUGGGGCGAAUGAUGAGCCGGUCAUCUACCAUGGCCACACCCUCACUUCCAAAAUCUCCUUCAGAUAUGUGAUAGAGGCCAUCAAUAAACAUGCCUUUCAAUCCUCACACUACCCUGUGAUAUUGUCCAUUGAGAAUCACUGUAGUGUGAAGCAGCAGAAAGUGAUGGUUGCUCACAUGAUCGCAAUAUUCGGUGACAAACUCAACACAGAGAGGAUUGACGAGUCCAGGACUGCCCUGCCUAGUCCACACGAUCUCAGAGAUAAAAUACUUAUAAAGGGUAAGAAGUUGCCAGCAGAGGAGUUGAGCGAUGAGGGAGAGGUCACAGACGAAGAUGAGGGGGGUGAAUCUGAAAGACGGAAAAACAGCAAAAAGGAAGGAGCAAAAAAGCGUCACAAGUUAGCCAGGGAGUUGUCUGACCUUGUAAACUACUUCGUCUCAACACGGUUUGAGGACUUCCAAGUCUCCGUACAGAAGCAACACUUCUGGGAGAUGUGUUCAUUCAGUGAGUCUCAGGCGUUGAAGCUUGCGAUCUCGUGUCCAGAGGAGUUUGUGAACCACAACAAGACUUUUGUGUCUCGUAUUUACCCUAAUGGUAUGCGGGUGGACUCAAGCAACUAUAACCCCCAGGACCUGUGGAACUGUGGAUGCCAGAUGGUUGCAUUGAACUACCAGACACCCGGCCUGAUGAUAGACCUGUACAAUGGCUGGUUUCAUAAAAAUGGCAACUGUGGCUUUGUGCUUAAACCUGCUAUCAUGCGGGAAGAGAUAGCCUACUUUAGCGCAAACACUAAGGAUGUCAUUCCUGGUGUAUCGCCACAGAUUCUUCAUAUAAAGAUUAUAAGUGGUCAAUACUUCCCGAAGCCAAAAGGUUCUGGUGCUCGUGGUGACGUGACUGACCCAUACAUCACCAUAGAGAUAUUCGGUAUUCCAGCAGACUGUGCAGAGGAGAGGACCAAAACCGUCCCACAUAAUGGCUACAAUCCGGUGUUUGAUGAGAGUUUUGAGUUCCAGAUCAACUUGCCUGAGCUUGCCUUAGUUCGUUUCUCUGUGCUGGAUGAUGACUAUAUUGGUGAUGAGUUCAUCGGACAGUACACCAUACCAUUUGAAUGCAUGCAGACAGGUUAUCGGCACAUCCGCCUGCUGUCAAACACAGGGGAACCAAUAGAAAACUGCUGUCUCUUCAUCCAUGUUGCCAUCACCAACAAGAGAGGGGGCGGGAAGGCACAUAAAAGGGGGAUGUCUGUGAAGAAGACCAAAAGAAAACGAGACUAUGCAAGCAUGAAAGCAGUUGGCGUAAAAAGUAUUGAUGAAACAUUCAAGAUUGCCAUCCAGCCCCUGAGAGAUGGCACGGACCUGAGAGACAAUGUACAGACGGCCUUGGCAGACUUCAAGGAAAUGUGUGGUCUAUCUCCCAUUGCCAACCUGAAACAGUGCAUCCGCCUCCUCAACACACGAGUCUCCAGCUCAUCUGAGCAGGGAGUGCUAAACCUCUACAUGCAAGGAGAGUAUCCAGUGUUAGAUGCAGAGGGUAACCUGCCAGACAUCCUCAAGAAAGCUCUAAUGUCCUUUGAUAAUUUGGUGGCAGAUUGUAAGAGUUUGAUAGACAGUGCAGAUGGUGUUUAUGAAAGAUUGCUGCAGAGCCAGCGAGCAGGUCUUGAGUGGCACGAGGAACUGGAGACAGUCAGCGUGCAGGCUGGACUUAAGGGCAAGAAACUUUCCAAGGCAAUAGAGAAUUUUGCGUGGAACAUAAGAGUGCUGCAGGGUCAGGCAGACCUGCUGGCACAGGCAAAGAAGGAGUGCCAGGAGUACCUGCGACAGAUAUCUGAAGCAGCUGUUGCUUUGGGAAUGGUGAAGGAUGGCAAUACUUUAUGCAACAACAACCAUGAUGACUGAAACAGUCACAACAAAUACCUUUCUGCACUAACAACCAUGAUGACUGCUAAGAUACCACCUAUACCAUUUUGCAACAACCAUGAUGGCUGACACAGUCACCACUAAUACCUUUCUGCUACAACAAACGUGGUGGCUGACACAGUCACCACUGAUACCUUUCUACAGCAACAACCAUGAUGGCUGACACAGUCACCACUAAUACCUUUCUGCUACAACAAACAUGGUGGCUGACACAGUCACCACAGAUACCUUUCUACAGCAACAACCAUGAUGGCUGACAUAGUCACCACUAAUACCUUUCUGCUAAAACAAACAUGGUGGCUGACAUUGUCACCACUAAUACCUUUCUACAGCAACAACCAUGGUGGCUGACACAAUCACCACUAAUACCUUUCUACAGCAACAACCAUGAUGGCUGACACAGUCACCACUAAUACCUUUCUGCUACAACAAACAUGGUGGCUGACACAGUCACCACUAAUACCUUUCUACAGCAACAACCAUGAUGGCUGACACAGUCACCACUAAUACCUUUCUGCUACAACAAACAUGGUGGCUGACACAGUCACCACUAAUACCUUUCUACAGCAACAACCAUGAUGGCUGACACAGUCAGCACUAAUACCUUUCUGCUACAACAAACAUGGUGGCUGACACAGUCACCACUAAUACCUUUCUACAGCAACAACCAUGAUGGCUGACACAGUCACCACUAAUACCUUUCUACAGCAACAACCAUGAUGGCUGACACAGUCACCACUAAUACCUUUCUACAGCAACAACCAUGGUGGCUGACACAGUGACCACUAAUACCUUUCUACAGCAUCAACCAUGGUGGCUGACACAGUCACCACUAAUACCUUUCUACAGCAACAACCAUGGUGGCUGACACAGUCACCACUGAUACCUUUCUACAGCAACAACCAUGGUGGCUGACACAGUCACCACUAAUACCUUUCUACAGCAACAACCAUGGUGGCUGACACAGUCAUCACUGAUACCUUUCUACAGCAACAACCAUGAUGGCUGACACAGUCACCACUAAUACCUUUCUACAGCAACAACCAUGAUGACUGACACAGUCACCACCAAUACCAUUUUGGAACAACAACCAUGAUGGCUGACAUAGUCACCACCAAUACCAUUUUGCAACAACAACCAUGAUGAUUGACUCAACUACCACAAAUAUGUUUCUGCUACAACAACCAUGAUGGUGAAAACAGUCGCAACCUUUCUGCAAUAACAACCAUUAUUGCUGAACCAAUACUCACUAAUACUGUCUGCAGCAACAACCACGAUGGCUGACAUGGUCACCUCAAUAUGUUUCAUGCAACUCAUAUCUACUUACUUUUUCAAUAAAUGAUGUCAUUUGAAACCUCAUAUCCAAGAUUCAGAACCAACCUUUUUACAUUGGCAAAACUCAAACUGUAUGGAUGAAAUAUAUAACAAUAGGGAAGUUUAUUUGUCGAAUUGAAGAAGAUCAGAUAUUUUUUAAUCCAGAUAUCAAUUAUUACUGUUAUCAGUUUAAUGCAUUUGCCACUGAAUGUCACAUUUUUACUGUUUUUAGCUCACCUGUCACAUAGUGACAAGGUGAGCUUUUGUGAUCACAAUUUGUCCGUCGUCCGUCCGUCCGUCGUCCGUCCGUAAACUUUUACUUUAAACGACAUCUCCUCAUAAACCGCUUAGCCAAUUUCAUCCAAACUUCACAGGAAUGUUCCUUGGGUGGUCCCCUUUGAAAAUUGUUCAAAGAAUUGAAUUCCAUGCAGAACUCUGGUUGCCAUGGCAAUGGAAAGGAAAAACUUUAAAAAUCUUCUUCUCCCAAACCACAAGGCUUAGGCCGUUGAUAUAUGGUAGGUAGGAUCACCAAAUGGUCCUCUACCAAGAUUGUUCAAAUUAUGGCCCUUGGGUCAAAAUUGGCCCCGCCCCGGGGGGUCAUGGGUUUUCUCUAUAUGUUUAUAGUGAAAACUUCAAAAAUCUUCUUCUCUGAACUUACUUGGCCUAGAGCUUAGAUAUUUGUCAUGAUUCAUCGUCUAGUGGACCUCUACAAAGUUUGUUCAAAUUAUGGCCCUGGGGUCAAAAUUGGCCCCGCCCCGGGGGGUCAUGGAUAUGCUCUAUAUGUUUAUAGUUAAAACUUCAAAAAUCUUCUCCUCUGAACUUACUUGGACUAGAGCUUAGAUAUUUGGCAUGAUUCAUCGUCUAGUGGACCUUUACAAAGAUUGUUCAAAUUAUGGCCUUGGGGUCAAAAUUGGCUCCGCCCCGGGGGGUCAUGGGUUUUCUCUAUAUGUUUGUAGUGAAAACUUCAAAAAUCUUCUCCUUUGAACUUAAUUGGACUAGAGCUUAGAUAUUUGGCAUGAUUCAUCGUCUAGUGGACCUCUACAAAGAGUGUUCAAAUUAUGGUCUUGGGGUCAAAAUUGGCCCCGCCCCGGGGGGUUAGGGUAUUCUCUAUAUGUUUAUAGUGAAAACUUCAAAAAUCUUCUCCUCUUAACUUACUUGGACUAGAGCUUAGAUAUUUGGCAUGAUUCAUCGUCUAGUGGACCUCUACAAAGAUUGUUCAAAUUAUGGCCUUGGGGUCAAAAUUGGCCCCGCCCCGGGGGGUUAGGGUAUUUUCUAUAUGUUUAUAGUGAAAACUUCAAAAAUCUUCUCCUUUGAACUUACUUGGACUAGAGCUUAGAUAUUUGGCAUGAUUCAUCGUCUAGUGGACCUCUACAAAGAGUGUUCAAAUUAUGGUCUUGGGGUCAAAAUUGGCCCCGCCCCGGGGGGUUAGGGUAUUCUCUAUAUGUUUAUAGUGAAAACUUCAAAAAUCUUCUCCUCUUAACUUACUUGGACUAGAGCUUAGAUAUUUGGCAUGAUUCAUCGUCUAGUGGACCUCUACAAAGAUUGUUCAAAUUAUGGCCUUGGGGUCAAAAUUGGCCCCGCCCCGGGGGGUUAGGGUAUUUUCUAUAUGUUUAUAGUGAAAACUUCAAAAAUCUUCUCCUUUGAACUUACUUGGACUAGAGCUUAGAUAUUUGGAUUGAUUCAUCGUCAAGUGGACCUCUACAAAGAUUGUUCAAAUUAUGGCCUUGGGGUCAAAAUUGGCCCCGCCCCGGGGGGUCAUGGGUAUACUUGAUAUGUUUAUAGUUAAAACUUCAAAAAUCUUCUCCUCUUAACCCUUUACUUCAUGUAAACCUAAGCCAUUUCAGGCUGCCAGUUCAUGGCUUAUCAGUUCUUAUCAGUACCCCUACUUCAUAGGAGAUUAUUGAUAUUAUUGGAAUUUUAACCCUAAUGUAUUACAAACCUAUUUUCUUAGUAUUUCUUUUGGUUUAAUCAAUAAGUCAUCAAUGUAAAGUUUAUAGAGAAUUAAAUUUCCAAUCCAGUCAUAUAAAUUUUAUUUUGUUAUCUAAAUUAUUUCCGCAUGAUAUUCAUAAACAAACAGAAAAAUAUGUCAAAUUUGAUGAAAAUUAAUUUUUAUUACACUUUUAUUUAUCAAACAUAACACGAAAUAUUAUAUAAACAACAUAUUUUUAUAAUUCAUUUAAUGCAACCUGAAUUGAAACAAAGAUGGACAGAAUUAAAAAAUAGUUCACAACAAAGAAGCACGGUAUAUUUAUAUAUAUGAUACAGAAGAAAAAAAAAGUUGAUCAACUGUCACAGUACGUAUAACUUUCGGUUAUUUAACACUACAAUGAACAAAUAAAGUUAUUAUUCAACUACUAAAUGAGGCCUGCAUGUUAUUGUUUACUAAAUUUAUAUCGUUUAUUGCAUGUCCAUGUAUUGUCAUUUGGGUUUGAUUUUAAAAAUCCUCAUUUCUCGUAUCCUUGUGUGCGUGACGCCGAGGUCUGAAUUCUCGACGUCGUACUCAAUGUCUCAAACUCAUUUUAAUUGAAGCCAGAAUGUUCCGAUUCGUCAGACAAACACUGAAAUAUAAAUGACAUCAUUCAGGAAUGUUGUUUUAAACUGAAGUUAACAAGGGCAGAAAUUAGCUCUACAUUGCAUUCUUGUGUAUUCGAAAACACGUGUUUCAACAGCUGAUCGAUGUUAAAUUGGGUCAUGUCAAAGUUUAACAAUAGGGAUAGUCAUUAUUUUAUAACACAUUUGUACUUACUUUCAAUUUGUAGAAGCAGAUGCGCAUUUUUAUGACCGGAUUAGCGAAACAGAAGUGACACAUAUGUCCCAUAUAAUGAUUUAUGGCCUUUGUUUAUACAAGCCAGAUGAUUUUUUGUUUAUCCAACAUGGCCGACAUUUUGACACGUUUUCGAACCAUGACCUGUGACGUCAGGCGCGUGAUCAAUAAAAUAUAGUUGUAUUAUUGGUAGUUAAUUAUAACUUGCAGUAUUGUGUAAAUUUCCACGAGGAAAACGAGACAGGAAUGCCCACAAACCUGCGCAGUCAACGUUUUACGCAUCUUUGAUACCAGUGACCUUAUUUUGCGAUUUUCCGAAAUUCUUUAAAUAGUAACAUAGUGUUUUUUUUAGUGCAUUGUAUUUAUCGAUGUUUAUACUUCAUGAAUAUGAAUUUAUAGCCCAUAAACAAGCAUCAGGUAUGAAAAUAAAUGCCCCUACAUUACGAAUACGUAGGAUUACGUAUCUAUGAAGCUAUGGAUAAAACGUUAAGAUCCGUAUCUAUGAAGCUAUGGAUAGAUAAGUAAAAUUGCGUAUCUAUGAAGUAAAGGGUUAACUUACUUGGACUAGAGCUUAAAUAUUUGGCAUGAUUCAUCGUCUAGUGGACCUCUACAAAGAUUGUUCAAAUUAUGGCCCUGUGGUCAAAAUUGGCCCCGCCCCUGGGUGGUCAUGGGUUUUCUCUAUAUGUUUAUAUUAAAAAAAAUCAAAAAAUCAAAAAUCUCCUCUGAACUUACGUUGCUUAGAGCUUAGAUAUUUGACUUGAUUCAUCGUCUAGUGGACCUCUACAAAGAUUGUUCAAAUUAUGGCCUUGGGGUCAAAAUUGGUCCCGCCCAGGGGGGUUAGGGUAUUCUCUAUAUGUUUAUAGUUAAAACUUCAAAAAUCUUCUCCUCUGAACUUACUUGGACUAGAGCUUAGAUAAUUGACAUGAUAUAUCGUCUAGUGGACCUCUACAAAGAUUGUUCAAAUUAUGGCCUUGGGGUCAAAAUUGGCCCCACCCCCUUCGGGGGUCAUGGGUUUUCUCUAUAUGUGUAUAGUGAAAACUUCAAAAAUCAUCUCCUCUGAACUUACGUGGCUUAGAGCUUAGAUAUUUGGCAUGAUUCAUCGUCUAGUGGACCUCUACAAAGUUUGUUCAAAUUAUGGCCCUGGGGUCGAAAUUGGCCACACCCCGGGGCUGAUGGGUUUUCUCUAUAUGUGUUAUAGUGAAAACUUAAAAAAUCUUCUCCGAACUCACAAAGACAAGUAACGUCUUAAUUUAAACUGGAUAACAUAUUUAGUACACAUACCAAUUUUCAAUAUGGGCCACAUACAACAAUUAAUAACAAAUAUACAUAUAUAGAUACACACGUAAAAUCAAGUAGUGACAAGAGCUUAGAUAUUUGGCAUGAUAUAUCAUCUAGUUGACUUGUACCAAUAUUGUUCAAUCUUUGACCCUGGGGUCAAAAAAUGGCCCCACCCGGGCGGUCAUGGGUUUCCUUAUAUAUGUAUAUGAUGAAAACUUAUAAAAUCUUCUUCUCCGAAACCAAAAGGCAAAGGCAUUAGAUAUUUGGUAUGAAGCAUUGUUUAUCAGACCACUAUUAAGUCUGUUCAAACUUUAGCCCUGGGGUCAAAAUUGGCCACGCCCCGUGUUCAUAGGCUUAGGUUUUCAAUAUUUUUAUAUAGUCUUAUAUAAUAAAACUUUAAAAAUCCUCUUCUCCAAAAUAUAAGACCUAGAGCUUUCAUAUUUGGUAUAUAGUGUUACCUAGUGGACCUUAGUGGUUACCUUAUUGUCCCGGGGUCAAAUUGGCCUUGCUCAGGGGUCAUUUGUUUUUACAUUGUCUUGUCACUUAAACAUCUUUUCCUCUGAAAGUAAAGGUCAGAAUGACUCCAUACUUGAUAUGUAGCAUCCUUACAUGGUCCUCUCUCAACUUUGUUCAAAUGGUUUUGUUUGGCCCCUUUUAGGGGUCACCAGAGCAAAAAAUAGAAAAACCUUUAAACAACUUGAUCUUAUUAACUGCUUGAUGGAUCUUCAAGUCUGAAGCAUCCUAGCAUGGGCCUCUGUCAGGUCUUUUCAAAUAAUUUUGUUUGGCCCCUUUUAAGGGCCACCAGAGCUAAAAUUAGUAAAAAAAAACUUAACAUUUUCUUCGCAUGAACCCCUUGAUAGAUCUUCAGCAAAUUUGGUUUGAAGUGUCCUUGCAUGGACCUCUCUUAAAUUUGUUCACAUAAUUUUGUUUGGCCCCUUUUAGCUAAAAAUAGAGUAAAAAACGAUUAUUCUUGUGAACCUCUUGAUGGAUAUUUACCAAAUUUGGUCUGAAGCACCCUUGCAUAGACUUCUCUCAAAUGUAUUAAAAUAAUUUUGUUUGGUCUCUUUUAUUUUCAUAUUUGCAUAUUGAUGGAACCGUACAGAGAUAUUGAAUGGCGUACUAAUUAGUGCAACAUCCAUUUAACUUAAUGAAAAGUGACCAGCCAAUAUUCUUUGAGAACAAAUAUUAAGCUAUAUUGAUUACAAAGGUUAAACUCUUUUACUCAGGUGAGCGAUUUAGGGCCAUCAUGGCCCUCUUGUUAUUGUUGUAUCAUUGUUUUUUUUAUAGCCUUUACAAAAUUACUGUUAGUUACAUUAUUUGGAAUGUACAUUUAAGAUUAAAUCAGUUAUUUAUGUUCAGCAGUAAAUGAUUAGUUCAGUGAUAUAACCCAGAUGAUAUAUAACUGAAAGUGCUUAUGUACCCAAAGAUAUAUAUUUAGUUAUUUUGAAUAUUUGUUCAGAUUUAGAUCAAGAGGCAAUAGUGAACCUAGAAACUCUAGUGUUCCUCAUACAUAAUAAAUAGAAAGAAGAGAUUAUACUUAAGAAAGAU